CCGCGGAGGCACCCAAAAUUCAAAAUUUCUUCCUGUUUGUUUAAAACCCUAAUUUUCCUGUUCUCAUCGACCAGUGACAGAGUGAGAGAAAGAAAGAGAGUGAGAUAAAAACCUUAAUCGUCCAUUUCUCUUCGGAUUGUAGAAGCGAAAUCAAAGCCAAUGAAAAGAUCGAGAGGUGGAGCGCCGCAGAGAGUGACGAGAUCCCUCAAAGUCCCUGCCUCCGGCGACAUCUCUCGGCCGUCUUCAUCCCCGAUGCAACCCCUCUUAGACUACUCCUCCUCCAUUAUCAGCGCCGGCAGCCGGCGUGACUCCGACGUAUCGAGCCUUUGUAGUAGCCUCCCCUCCUCUGUCACCGGACGCCCCGUCUACUCUAUGGCCAGCACCCCCUCCGAACGCGCCUCCUAUCUCCGCGCCGUCAACUCCUACCUCGCCUCACUGUCUCCUCCCGUUCACCUGAAGCCCCCACUCCCCCCCGCACGUGACAUCACGGAUGCCAUUCGUGGCCUAUUCGCCCGCAUCGACUUCGACAACUCCAUCUCCGAUCUCACCCGCGACCUUCCCCCUCUCCUCGUCGCCCUCCGUUGCCCAGUCAAACUCAGCAAAUCUGCCCUCAAGGCCCCCUCCACCCCUCACGCUUGGCCAUCCGUUCUUUCCGUCCUCCACUGGCUCGUGCAGCUCGCCCUCGUCGCCGAUCACCUUGCCUCGUCCCCCACUUCUCCCCAAGUAUCCGAUUACGACAUUAAUCGCUACAUCACCCGCGCCUAUUCCCUCUUCCUUGCCGGCGACGAUUGCACUAUUGCUGAACUCGAUGCCGAGUACCUCGACAGACUUAAGCGGCAUGCUGCUUCCGCCGUUAAAGACGUUGAAGCCCUUGAGGUUGAAGUCGCGCAAUACGAGGCCAAGCUGCGGGAUCUCGCUGCUGCACCCUCUCGGCUCGAAGCGCUAGAGGCGGAACGUGCUGCACUUCUGGAGGACGUCAAUAAGUUUCAGAAUGUGGUGGACAAGUUUUCUGGGAUGAUUGAGGAGAAGAGGGAAAAGCUUGCAGAGAGGGAAAGGGAGCUGGAAACGAGGGAAAUGGAGAAAAGGAGGCUGGAUGAGGAGAAUGAGGGAUUGAGACAAAGGAUACGCGGGCAGUCAGUGAGCACGAGAGAUGUGGAGAGGAUGACGAGGGAAUUACAGGCUGUGGAGAGAGAUAUUGCGGAGGGGGAGAGUCGGAGGAAUGAGAUGGAGGAGAAAGCAUGGAUGCUUAACUCUGAAUUGGAGAGGAAGUUCAGGGAAAUCGAGACUUUGGCAGAGCAAUGCAACCAGGCAAUUAGGAAAUUAAAGAUUGGAAAUAAUUUCCAAUAUGUUAUCAAUUCUAAGGCUUCUUCUGCGGCUGAGGUCAUUGGAACUGAUUACAAAACUAUGCUGAAGCCAGCACUUAGCUCUCUGAUGGAAGAAGCAAAUAAAUCGAAGGUUUCAAAAGUGGAGGAACUAAUUAAUCUUCAAAAACAAUCGCUGGAGAAUGACAUGAUGCUCGAUGGAAAGAGGGCUUACUGCACAGCCAUUCAAACUAAAAUCAAUGAGGUAGAAAAUCAGGUUGAUCUGCUGAAGAAGGAAAUUGAAGAUCAUGCUUUGACAUGCUCGUCUGAAAUUGAAAAAAUAAAAGAGGAGCUAACAUCAAAAGAAGAUCAAGUAAAAAUAAUGGAAAGGGAUGUACAGGAGUUAUUAAUGGAAUCUGAAGAAAAGCUGAAAAAGACUUUCAUUGAGAGUACUGAGGAGACAAAAAUUUGUGCACAUGAACUCUAUACAUUAAUUGAUAGUGUCUCGCAUUAUAAGGAAUUUAUGGGAUCUACAAUUGCUGGGAUCAGAGAAGAGAUCAGAGGAAUAGCUGAACAAGUGAAGCAAUCCUUUGACGCUUCUAUCAAGUAGGUUUGUUUUAAACUCUGAAUAUUCACUUUUACUCUUUUUCUUUUUUGUGUAAAUGUUCUAUAUUUUCUUUGUAAUGUAGAGAAGGUUAUUUUGCUUAGGGGAUGUUUGGUUUGAAGUAAAAUAUAUAUAAAAUAUAUUUUUUUUGCA